CGAAAAACGGGGGAAAGAAAUAGGCAAAGACAGCCACGCGAUUUUUCUCAGGGCGAUCCACAAUAUCUCGUCACGGUCUGGGCCUCUGGGGCGCCAUCCACCGGCGAUCUCGGCCGCCGCCCGCCAAUGGCCGCCGCCGCAGCGGCUAAACCCUUCCCGUUCCUCGCCGCCGCCGCCGCCGCCGCCUCACGGUCCCCACUUCCCCUCUCACCCGCGGCACGGCCGGCCCCAGCCUCGUCCCGCUUCGGCGACCGUCGCGCUCCCGCGGUGGUCGCUGCCACUGCCCGCCGCCGCGGCGCCCAUGGGGUUCGAGCUCUCCGGCCCCUUCUCCUUCCCCGCGCCUCCGCUUCUCCCUCCGCGAAGACCGCGGCAGGAGGCAUGUCUGACCCGGAGCUAAGGAUGGUGCUCGAGCUCGCCACCGACGAGGAGCUGAUGGAGUUCGAGGAGAUCCUAUACGGUACCAGCUAUUUUAGCCCACUGCUAAAAUCAAUUGCAAAAAGACCCAAUUCAGAUUAUGUCGAUGCUUUGGAUGAUAUUGAGGAGAGAGAUAUUUUCAUCUCAAAAUUAGAGUCGAGGUUCCUGUAUCUUGCUGCCGAUGCCCGCUCAAUCAUAAGGGGAUCUCGACCAUCAUACAGGAAUGUCUUACUUGGAGUGAGAAGAGAACUUGGUGUUCGCUGCUCUAGUAAAUUAUGCACGGCAGACCUUGAGGCAGAAAUAUUUCUUCACCUGCUAGAUGAAUAUUCGAGCCGUCAGAAAGGCUCAGAUUUAUUUCCGUGGAAUAAACAGAAAUCUCCAAAAGACAACUCUAGCCUUGGAGUUAACAAGUGGAUGGUGCUUACUGAUUCUGCUUGGAAGAUUGGAGCAAAAGGACUAGAAAGUGCAUUCUUGAAGGGUGGUAGUGCAUUGACUCUGAAAAUGAUCUAUGAAUCGUUAGCCAAGAGACUAUCUGGAAAGCUGCUCAUGGAGGCUGGUAAAUAUGAGAUAAAGAAAGAACUUCUAAAGCAGGGUGGACGAUUAGCUGCUGUUAAUCUGGAGUCUCGAGCUGGUUUGCUUGCAGCUAGGCAGGGUUUGGCACGUGCAGCAUCUAGAUAUGUUGGUCUUAGGAGUGUCAUGACGUUUCUUGGACCAAUAAUGUGGGGGACACUCUUGGCUGACAUUGUGAUCCAAAUGCUUGGGACAGACUAUGCUAGAAUUGUGCAGGCAAUCUAUGCUUUUGCUCAGAUUCGGCUGACUAGGACAUCUUACAUAGAAUCUCAUGAAGAAUAAUCAACAGUGGGACAUUUCUGGUCUGGACUAACAGGGCAUUCUGGGCCCAUAGUGUACAUUCUGAUCAUGCAGAACAUUUUUGGUUGAGUGCUGGCGCAAUUCUCCCAAGAGGACUCGAGGACAGUAAGUUCAUACUUUCACAGAAGUUGUGCAGCUGAUGUAAAUGCAUAGAAGUUAGAUGACAGAACAAUUGAUAGAUGCUAGGUAGGAUAGAUGGUACAGAUGACACACAAAUCAUCUAUGCUUUUGAAUUCUCCAAGGUUUAAGGCUGCUGCUUAAGUGAGAGCUUGUUAUACAUUCCAGGAAAAAUUAAUUUACUGCCACUAUAGAAUGGUGUAAUUGUAUUUAAGAAAUAGCUCACAAUGACCAUUAGGGCCACCUACUCUCUAAACGCGGUAGUUGUGAAUGAAUAUACAUCCACUUCACACUUCCACGAGGGCCCGAAGUUGUA